AUGUCAAGUCCCUUCAUUACAUUGUUUUCUUCUUUUCUUCUCUUUCUAGUCCUCUUCCAAAUACUCCUGCUAACAGGUCUCCUAAAUGCAAAGAGGUUUCCAUGUUUCCCUGAAUAUUGCCUUCAUGACAAAGACUAUGAGGAGCUGCUGAAGAUCAUCAAAGAUGGGUUAGAACCUGCAACUCAUCCAGCAAACGUGGUCAUCAUUGGUGCAGGAAUAAGUGGGUUGACAGCAGCAAAGUUGCUCCGAGAUGCUGGCCACACGGUUACCAUUCUAGAAAUGAGCAAUCAGGUUGGUGGACGGAUCAAGACGUACCGACCAGAAGGACAAGACUGGUACGUGGAGCUGGGAGCCAUGCGCCUACCAGUUAAGCACAGGCUUGUCCAUGAAUUCAUUAAACAGUUUGACCUGAAGCUCAACCCAUUCAACCAAAGAGAUGACAACACCUGGUACUUCAUGAACGGUACACGGAUAAGAACAAAGGAAGUGGACAGAAACCCCAACAUCUUAAACUACACGGUGAAACCAUCAGAAAGAGGCAAAAGCGCUGUCCAACUCUACAGAGAAGCACUAAACAAGGCUUUCAAGAACUUCCAGACUACAGACUGCAAGAAAUAUCUAGCUAAACAUGACUCCUUCUCCACCAAGGAGUAUUUGAUUAAAGUAGGACAUCUAAGUCGAGGAGCGGUUGAGAUGAUCGGUGACUUGUUGAACGAGGAUUCUGGAUUUUAUCUGUCCUUCCUGGCCUCAAUGUGGGAGUUUGAUAUCUUCUCUAAUGAGAGUUUUGAUGAAAUCACAGGAGGAUUUGACCAACUACCUAAAGCUUUCCACAAAACAUUGCCCGACGUCAUCCAGUUCAGUUCCACAGUGGAGAAAAUCAUGACCAAAGGAAAUAAAGUCCACGUGUUUUACCGCUCUCCAGACACUCUGGCCCCAACCAUAGUAACUGCAGAUUAUGUCCUUGUCACAUCCAGUGCCAAAGCCACCAGGCACAUCCAAUUCCUGCCACCACUCUCUCUUCCAAAGACCCACGCCCUACGUUCCAUCCAUUAUGGAAGUGCCUCCAAAAUAGCUUUGGCUUGUUCUGAGAAGUUCUGGGAGAAGGAUAGUAUCCGAGGAGGACAGUCCAUCACCGACCGCCCUUCCAGGUUUAUCUACUACCCCAACCACAACUUCUCCAGUGGUGUGGGUGUAAUCCUGGCUUCCUACACCUGGAAUGAAGAUGCUGAGUUUUUCUUACCUCUUACAGAUGAAGAGUGCCUGGAUGUGGUCCUCCAAGACCUGGCAGAUAUCCACCAAGUUAGCAAGGAGUAUCUACAGUUGACCUGUGACCAGUAUGUGAUCAAGAAAUGGCAACUGGACAAACAUUCCCUGGGGGCAUAUGCUGCUUUCACCCCUUACCAGUUCGUUGACUACUCACAAGCUCUCUUCCAACAUGAAGGUAGGAUACAUUUUGCUGGAGAACACACAGCUCAACCUCACGCCUGGAUUGACACCUCCAUAAAAUCAGCCGUCAGGGCUGCCAGCAACAUCCACCACGACAGCGGCCAAGCUCAGAUGUUGAAUGAGGAGGAACAGGAGCAAAUGGGGAGUUCCUUGCAGAAGGAAGAUCUCUGA